AUGACUGGAGCAGGACAUGACACGGCCGAGACGCUGUCCCUUCUCAGUUUGCCUUCCGUUCUCCCGGACUCUUUCAGCUGCCCCUCGGCUCCCCGCCCCUCCCCGGGUAACAGCCCUCCGAGCCGCUGGGGGCGCUGUCCGGUAUCGCGUACGCGUACAGGCGCCAGCGGGGGGGAAAGGCCGCGCUCGGUGGCCCGGAAGCCGGCACGGAGCCGGGAGUGCACGCCGGAGGCUCGCUCCCCGCGAAUCACGGACCCGCCGGAAACCUCUCGACAGCCAGGGGCCGUCGCCACCGCCUCCAUGGGCGCCGAGCACCAGACCCGCCUCUGCCUGGCCAGCUGCGGCCCUGCCACGCCGCCUGCCCUGCUAGAACUGCUGCGCAUGCUCCAACGAUUCGCCGGGGCCUCUGGCCGCCGGUGCCAGGAGCAGAGCCUGGCGCAGGCCGGGAGCCUCUUGCCCGCUCUGAGCCAGGCCUGGGCCCAGCUGGCGGCCCCCGAGGCCCAGCCCUUCCUGCGCUGCCUCCUGAGCUGCCAGCUCGAGGCCACGGGCAGCCUGGGGGCCUUCCGCAAGCUGGAGAAGAUUGUGGCCACAUUGGCUGCAGGGAGGGAGAGCGUGGCGUCCGAGGAAGUGGCCGGGAUGCUGGGCCAUUUGACCCAGGGCCAGCAGGCCUUGACUCUGGGAGAGCUUCGCACAGUGUGUCUGUUCCUGGAGGAGAGCAGCCUGGCGCGAGAACACUGGAGACACGCCCUGGGCAGCCUGCUGGGCCGCGCGGCCUCCACCCUGGCCUCCGUGCUACGGGACCCCGCCGCCGGGGCCGGGGAGCGGGCCUGCCACGCGGUGAAGCUAGUCCUCCAGCUUUUCCAGAGCAUGCCCGAGGAGGUGGGGGCCCGGACCUGGAGCCCAGCAGGGGGCGGGGAGCCCCUGGCAAGCAUCCUUCAGUCCCUGGUGCAAGUGGUCCUGGGAAAGGUGGCCAGCAAGGAUGCCCGGCUUCUGGCUGGCACAGCCCUGGGCAUGCUGGUGAACGCGGCCCCCACGCCGGAGGCGGGGGCCGGCGCGGUGUCUCAGCUGCUGCGGCUGCUCGGCCCAGACCCUGGGGAGCAGAGGCUUGGGGGGCUCCGGGUGGCUGUGCCCCCCAUGAACCCCGAUGGGCUGGAGGACCUGGUGCUGAGCCGAGGCCUUCUGACCUCCUGCAGGAAGGACAUCCUGACCUUCAGGCCCCCUGGGGGGAAGGCCUGUCUGCUGCUGGGGGCCCUGAUACCCCCCGUUGGCCCAGGCUGGAGCGAGAAGAACAUGGACUACCGUGCCUUCCUCCUGCAGGCUUUUUUGCUGUGGCUGCGACGGCUCCACGAAAGCACCCCCGGCAUCUGGAUGGGGCGACUCCUGAGCGGGACCUCCCAGGGGGCCCUGCGGCUGACUCAGUUCAUCUGGAGCAACACCGAGAGCCCGGUAGGAGACUCCCCCUAGGCCAGGCUGGGCCUCCCUCUCCUCCCGGUGUCGGAGUCCCUUGUGCAGAGUGGGCGGCGAGGCCCCUGGAAGGGCCCGGGA